UAUAAAUUAAGGAACACACCAUCACCAUGUAGAUGCACAGUUAAGAGAAAAAACAUCCCAUAUCACCAUAUGGACAUGGUUAAUAUCCUAUCAUUCAUCCCUUCAUGGUUUCUUUCCAUAACAUUACUUCUCUUCUUACCUUACAUCUUUAUACAUAAUAUUCGACGGAAAAGCUCCAUUAAGCUUCCCCCAGGCCCUAGGAGGCUUCCGAUAAUAGGAAACCUUCACCAACUGCUAGGAAACGAAGGUAUCCAUCAAACCCUAUGGAAACUCUCCCACAUAUAUGGCCCAGCUAUGCUUCUUCAUUUUGGGUCCCAACCAUUCCUUGUGAUUUCCUCUAGUGAAAUGGCUUCUGAAGUCUUAAGAACUCAUGAUCAGAAGUUGUGUUCGCGUCCCUACUCUCAGGCCUCCAAGCGACUGUCAUUUGAUUACAUGGACGCUGCCUUCUCGCCAUACAGUGAUCAUUGGAAACAUAUGCGCAAGGUUUUGGCAUCUGAGUUCUUGGGUGCUAAAAGAAGUAGAUUAUAUAAAAACGUGAUGGAGAUUGAGAUGGAGGGUGUGGUUCGUUCUGUCACAUCACAUACCUCCAGCACUAUUGUAAAUCUAGAUGAUAUGUUCUCAAGUAUAGUAAAUGAAGUCGUGUGUAAGGUUGCAUUUGGUGAUAGUUACGGUGAAAAGAAGUUUAAUGGUAUGACACUGAAAGAGAUAGUUGAUGAGUCCCUAGUCAUGCUUGGUGUUUCAUUUUCUGAUAUUUUUCCAACAUUUGGGCCGAUUUUGGACAGAUUAAGUGGGUGGAAUCGCAGGCUGGAGACGUGUUUUAGUCAUCUUGAUGGCUUUCUUCAAAUGGUUAUUGAUCAACAUGAAACAAAAACAAGUGACCAGGAAAAAGAUUUCGUUGAUGACUGUUCCUCUGGCUUGACUACGUAUGAAGUGAAAGCACUUUUGAUGAAUGUGAUUGAAGGAGCGCUUGACACAACGGCUAUAACCAUGGUGUGGGCAUUCUCGGAGAUCGUUAAGAAUCCUAGAGUUAUGCAAAAGUUGCAAAACGAGAUUCGAAGCUUCAUUGGGAGAAAAGCGAGUUUACAUGAAUCAGAUGUCGCCAACAUGGCAUACUUGAAAAUGGUGGUGAAGGAGACGCUAAGAUUGCACCCACCUGCUCCGUUUCUGAUGGCACGUGAAUGUGUAAGCCAUUGUCAAAUUGGUGGAUAUGAUGUCUUACCUGGUACGAGAGUCAUGGUCAGUUCAUGGGGCAUAGGAAGGGACCCAAGAAACUGGAAAGAAAGCCCAACCCAGUUUUGUCCCGAGCGGUUUGAAAACACUCCCUUGGAAUAUUUUGGAGGGUCCAGUUUUGAUAUGAUCCCAUUUGGAGGGGGGAAGAAGAGGCUGCCCUGGGUAUAACUUAGCUACGUCAACUGUAGAAUUUACUAUUGCAAACCUUCUUUACUUCUUCAAUUGGGAAACACCAAAUGGAGUGAAGAAGGAAGAUCUGGACAUGGAAGAGCAAGGCUACCCGUUUCUUCGUCGGAAAACACCUCUGUGCCUUGUGCCCAUAAAGUACAACUGGCAAGACUAGGAAUCAUUUCUUUGUUUCCAUUCAAUAAUAUGUUGGACCCGUUUAUUUACACGAUUUUCUUGAACAUUUAGUUGUGUUCUUGUUAAUGUUGGAGUAAUUCAG